UCUCCGGGACAGAUAAAAGGUGCUCUAAACUCAGAAAGCAAAAUAGAGUCCACUUGGCACGCACCAUUUGAAACGAGAACAAAGAACAAGGUGUCAGGCUGCAAAAUGAAGCUUCUUCUCCUCAUCACAUUUAUAACAACAAUAUACUAUGUCAGCGCGGGCAAGAAACAGAGGAUGCUGGCAGCUAUGAUCGCAAUGAAUGGAGGAAUGAUGGGAGGGAUGAACCCGGGAAUGAACGCAGGCAUGAUGGGAGGGAUGAACGGCGCCAUGAACCCAGGAAUGAUGGGAGGAAUGAACGCAGGGAUGAACCCAGGGAUGAACCCAGGGAUGAACGGAGGGAUGAUGGGAGGAAUGAACGGAGUAUUGGCAAACAGAGUGAACCCUGGGAUGAUGGCGGGGGGCUUGAACCCACCUGUGGUCGCUGCUGGUGGAGCAGGUUUCAUUGGGCAGCCACAGUUUGCUGGGUUUGUUCCCGGAGUUCCUGCUUUCAAUGCACCGGCACCCAUUCCCAACGUGUACGCUGUGCCUGCAGUCAAUGGGUUUCCUUUCAUGGGAGUUCCUCAAAUGGCCCAAGUGAAUCCUCCUCAGCAGCCUCUGAUGGGGAUCACAGGUGGUGUCACUCAACAACAGCUUCCUUUUCAGCCUGAUCCACUCGGGAGAUUUAGGCGUCAGGUCGUGAAACGGGACAACACCUUAAAGAGCACUGUGGAAACUCAGAUUCCAGCUCCCUCCGAAAUAACCACAACAACUCCCUGUGACAAGGACUAUCAACAUGAAGAUUAUUAACAUGACAUUAACAUCAAUUGUCAAAGUGAUAACAUCCCUUGACCUAUUACUAUUAUUUCUUUAACCAAUGAUCUAUAGAAUAAAUCCAAGCAACAACUAAAAAAACUAUUAAUGUAACAUGUUACCUAUUUAAUAAAAUAAAUUCUAUUUUAAAUGAAA